AUGGCUGCCAAAAGACCCAAUUUCCUCAUCAUCGUCGCAGAUGACAUGGGGUUUUCAGAUGCGGGAUGUUUCGGCUCCGAGAUUCGCACCCCCAACAUCGACAAGUUAGCAAAGGAUGGCAUCCGUCUCACGGGCUUCCAUGCUGCGGCCGCAUGCUCUCCGACAAGAGCGAUGAUCCUCACGGGUACCGACCAUCACAUUGCGGGCUUGGGCAACCUGAUUGAAUGGACGGAUUUCUCUGGACAAAACUUUCCCAAGGGGAGCAAAUAUUCGACGGCUCCGCAGAGAGGCAUGCCAGGCUAUGAAGGGUACUUGAAUGCUCGAGUGGCUGCACUCCCUGAGGUCCUGAAAGAAGGAGGAUAUCACACUGUCAUGAGUGGGAAGUGGCAUCUAGGACUUACGAAAGAGCGAAGUCCUCAGGCCCGGGGGUUCGACCGAAGUCUGGCCCUCUUGCCGGCGUGCUCAAAUCAUUAUGACUGGAGACCAGAGGCCGAUUUUCCAAAAUUCUUGGAGAAGAGCGUCAUUGCAUUGCACAUGGAGGACGACCACUAUGUCAAAGAUCUACCAGAGGGAUGGUACUCCAGCGACGGAUAUGGAAGCCGAAUGCUCCGCUAUCUGAAAGAGUGGAAAGAGGACAAGGAACUCUCCGAGAAGCCCUUCUUCGCGUACUUCCCAUUCUCUGCCCCGCACUGGCCUCUACAGGCUCCCAAGGAAUACAUUGAUCACUAUCGGGACGUUUACAAGGAAGGCCCAGAAGCCCUCCGUCAGGCACGGCUGAAGAAGCUGAUUGAACUAGGAAUGAUACCCAAAGACGUCAAGCCCCAUCCAGUUGUUGCGGACGAGGUGCUUGGGUGGGACGAGAUGGACGACUUUCACAAGAAGGCGUCCUCGUGUUCGAUGGAAGCGUAUGCUGGCAUGGUUGAGUGCCUAGACCACAAUAUCGGCCGAGUUACGGACUAUCUGGAAUCAAUUGGCGAGUUGGACAAUACCUACAUUAUGUUCUUCUCGGACAAUGGUGCUGAAGGAGCUGCGUACGAAGCAUACCCCAUGGUGGCUGGUGAGUUGAUGGAGCAUAUUGGCAAGUACUACAACAACUCCCUUGAGAAUAUUGGCAAUAAGGACAGUUUCGUCUGGUACGGCCCACGCUGGGCUCAAGCUGCCACUGCCCCGAGUCGACUGUACAAGGCAUACACGACCGAGGGAGGCGUUCGGGUACCUUGUGUUAUUCGGUAUCCGCCGAUGCAUAAAGGCCGAGAAGGUGAAAUCACCGAUACUUUCGCAACAGUGAUGGACAUCGCACCCACGCUGCUUUCCCUGGCAGAUAUCAAGCAUCCCUCACCCGAGUGGAAAGGCCGACAGAUUGUACCCAUGCGUGGCAAGGAUAUGAUACCGUGGCUAAGCGGAAAGCAGGAUCUGGUCCACGAUCCUGGCGAGGCAUUUGGGUGGGAACUCUGUGGCAGGGCGGCAAUCCGUAAGGGAGCAUGGAAAGCCGACUUCAUCCCCUUCCCCAAGGGUAACUCGGCAUGGCAGCUGUACGAUCUUUCCAAGGAUCCUGGCGAGACGGAAGACCUGGCCACCAAGCACCCAGAGAUCCUCAAAGAAUUGCUAGACCUCUGGGAAACGUAUUGCGAAGAGACUGGCGUGGUGCCCUUACAACCAGAACUUGGUGCCCGGUUCCAUGAAGCGGUUGAGGCACAGAUGAAAGAAGGCGAAUGGAUCGAGUAUGAAUACUGGAAGCCCGGGGCAUUGGAGGAAAGGAGACGGCAAGAAUUUGUUAGAGAGAUCGCCAAGUACUGCGGGAAGGACUGCCAAAAGGAGCAUUGGACUGAGCAUAAAGUCUACUGCAAAAGCCCGCUGAUGAAGACCAGCUGGAUGCCGGCCUGGGAAACAGAACAACGUCUUCCAUCAUUUGUGGGCGAUGGGCCCCCUAUGGUCGCAUAUGGCCAUUUGCAGAAAUACUUCUGGGGCAAUAUGCCCGCACUCGAUGUCUUAGCCCUGGACCGCAACGAGGGAUGCUCUUAUGGUCACGACUUGCAUGUGUUGUUCGCGGCUUCUGGAGACAUCCGUAAUGUGCUGAAGACUGUUGCUUGUCUGCCUGAUGAGUAUCAACAGUCUGUCUCCUUGACUCUGAACGACCGGGAUUUUGAUAUUGUCGCACGGAACCUGAUUAUGCUCCUCGCUGCGAUGCAGAUCGACAAAGACCCCGACGAUAUCGAAACCAUCAUCCACGUUUGGUACUCGGCGAAACUCCAGUCUCGUCAUCUACGUCAGCUGCAAUCCUCGAUUCUUCCACUAUUUCAAGAGGUUUGUGCAAAGAUUAAGAAGAAACCGAACGGCACGCUCUUGGGAAAGACUUGGACUUUCGGAUCUAGAUCUCUCCGCGUGACUUUGUCCAAGGAGAAAUGGAUGCUCCUCCCCUCUUUUCUAGAGGUUCCCAACGGCUUGUCUUGCAGCCUGGCCGACAAAAUUCGAAAUGCCACAACGUUUGCGCAUGAGCGGCAAGACUACCGAGACCGGAAUACCCUCUUACAGAAACCUCCUCAUCGCGUGUGCAAACAGAGAUUCCGCGAAGAUGGAAUUCUUUUGUCCUUUGCCCAGCCUCGCCAAGCAUUCGACACCCCGAAUCCUACUUUCUACCAGAACAAAGAGCAAUGGCCAAUGAUGGACUCAGCAGACCCUUUUGAUGGAUGGGAUCUACGUGCUGUCCUCCAAAGCUCCUAUGGAUGCGCCGCCAACGACAUGUAUGGCAAACUGUUUAACCAUCUAAGAGAUCUUCUGUCCUCAUUCGCCAGACAAGCCGCGUCGCGAAAGAUAGCGUUCGAGCUCUUCAACGUGGACGUGAACAACCUCUCGAGACACCUUGAUGGUCGACAGUUUGCACGUAUUGAGGUCUCUAACAUUUCGGAUGGCGGUUACCUUGGGAUAGCUCGCACACUCUACCUGCUCAGUCCAUUAUUGCAAAAGCACACUCACAAUUCUCACGCGACAAUGAUAACGCUUUUCAUGAAUGCCGUAGCUGAAAUGGUUCAUCUGAGCCCUGCAAAGCGUCCCGAGAUAGAAUCUCUCGUGAUGAAAGUGUCGCAGUAUCUUCCGGCCACACGUCCGCCACUCUCGGAAUAUGACCCUGCUGUGAUUCGACGGAUCGCGGCUCAAGACCUCGUUCGUGACAAUGACAAAUACUUCAAAAUAUAUAUGAGAGAAUUGCACUUCCGGGAGAUUGGACGCCAUUCGGGCUUGACAAUGGAACGACCGCACACAAUCAUCGAGGAGUGGCCCAUGAGGCUCAAGUCACCGCCGAAGCAGGUCGGAGCGAAAGAAGAGUUUGAGAUUCUGCUUGCCUCGUCCCAUAGUGGAGCCGAGCGCUACGUGGAGUGGAAGUGGGCAUGA